AUGUCUUCUUCCUUCUCCCAGCUGGUUCUGGAUUUCAUCAUCUUCGCCAUCAUCCACUACUUUGUAACUGUCCCGCUAAUGACUAAACUCCUAGGUCUCAUCACCGGAGAACACAAACCCUCUCAACCCUCGGCGUCUGUGUUCGAAACCCUCAAGACUUUCAUCAACAACGAGCAGCAAGUCGAGCAGCAACCCUCCCCUACUGCACCAUUCACAAUCCACGCCAUCCCCGAAGAAGCAGAAUGCGAAAGAUGCGGCAUCUUUCUCGAACAAGAAGAAGCUUGCGUCACAAGAAUUUCUUGCCACUGCACCUGGUGUGCAGAGUGCGUGGAAGAGUGUUUUGCUCACGUCGACUAUGACUUGGAUGCUCCACUGACGGGGUUGAGUAAGCAUUGCGAGGCUGCUAGAAACCUUACGAUUCGGGAGAUAUGGCCGUUUGUUGCAGAGUUGGCUUCUGAUAAGACGAGGAGAUAUAUUUAUACGAUGGCUGAAAUCGAUUUGACGAAGAAUGAUUGGAUGCUUGAUGGUGAUGAAGAGCUGGAGGAGUGA